UUUUGUGUCUAUCUUCAGUUUAAAGUAGCAUCUACUGUUCCUUCAUACACAUUUUUUUGAUCUGAAACAGGAUUCGGUGCUGAGAGGACCCAACAGUGUCAGGGACCUGGGAGACCUGGGCGGCUGGUGCAGACGUCAAGAUGGAAGAUGAUGGAGGAGACGUGGCAGACAGCAACGGUGUCUACGCGGACUUUGGUCCUGAGCAGGACUACACGCUCCUCGGGAUGGAUGGGCCGCCACCUUCUCUCCAGGGAGAAGGGUGCUUCCGAGCCGACUCGGUGGACAUCAUGAUGCCAGAGGUGGGCGGGCAGGGUGCCGGAUGUCUCCAACAGCCUGGCCCCAAGGACGUGCAGCAGACUGUGGCCCUGGUGGUGACUGUGGCGUCCGUUCAGCAGAUGUCGGAAAGCAGUCGGGGAAGUGAUGGGAAGAACCCGGCAGAGCAACGGGAUGAAAGCAUGGAAUGCACUGACAACCCGCCAGCAGGUGCAUUGAUCCAUGUGGAGGGCCUCUGCUGCAGCCACAAAAGCGAUGAGAACUUUGAGGACCAGGAGCGGCUGUCUGACCACCUCCGGCUUCACACCAAACGCUGUCGCUCCCCCGGCUCCGGUGAUCAGGCCAGAGCGCGGGCGAAACGUCCCCGGUCGGCGCGGACCAAGCGUGGCUUGGAGGGGGAGACGGGUGACGGGUCAAGUGCAGCCACUGCCCAGCCACAAUGGGCGGAGGAGGACCCUUGCCCCGUCCGCGACGACGAACUCCCCGGGGCCUCGGUGAUCGGUAACGCCGGCCAGCCGCCGGCAGAGUGCAGCGGUGUUCCGGCCAUCUCCUGCCCUCACCGGUCGUGCGGACUGGCCUUCCGGACUGCGGCUGAGCUGGCUGACCACCGCCGCGUCCACUUGCAGUUCCGCUGCGACCGAUGCGACGUCGCGUGCUCCAGCGCCGCGCUCCUGGCGCAGCACAAGAAGCGCAGCCGAGCGAAAAGCAAGAAGUCCAGCUGCGAUCUCUGCCCCUUCCGGAGCUGUGCACCCCGGGACCUAAACAAGCACUACAGCGCCACGCAUCGAGACAAGGCCGCCUACGCCUGCAAUAGAUGCGACUUCAUCAGCCGCUAUCGCAAGGUGUUGAAGAAGCACUUGACUGCGCAUUCUGAUGACACUGGUAGCGCUGCGGAAGAGAAUGACGAGCAGGAGGAGAGGAGACAGGAGCUCGAUGGUGGCAACGUUGAGGCACAGACGUGGCCUGGGGAACAGCAGCCAUCUGCCUGUGACGAGGAAGACCCGGUGUCGGAGACUGGGUCAGAGGGCGACAGGAACAGAAAGAACAACUCCCUCAGACAGCGACAUUUCAAAGUUGACGUGCAAGAAGGGAUGGAACAUCUGUACAAGACCCACAUCUGCCCGGAAUGCAAACGCUGCUUCAAGAAGAGGACUCACCUGGUGGAGCACCUCCACCUGCACUUCCCCGACCCCAGCCUGCAGUGCCCCCACUGCCAGAAGUUCUUCACCAGCAAGGGCAAGCUGAAGGUGCACCUGAUGCGGGAGCUGGGGGAGAAGACCCACCACUGCCCGCUGUGCGACUACAGCGCGGUGGAGAAGAACUCUCUCAACCGCCACAUGGCCAGCAUGCACGAGAACACGGCCAACUUCUACUCCGAGGUGUACGCCUGCCCGGCGUGCGAGGAGAAGUUCACCGUCAGCAACGCGUUGAAGGAGCACAUGAAGAGCCACAAGGAGGAGCGGGGGCCGCUGGGCUGCACCGAGGGGGGCUGCGGCUACACCGCCCCGGAGCGCAAGGACUUUGUCCGCCACCUGCACGAGGCCCACGGCGCCCGGGCGGUGGAGUGCCGCUACCGGACCUGCGGCUCGCUCUUCGGCACCGAGGCGGGCAUGGAGGCCCACCGGCGCACGCACUACGCCUUCCACUGCGACCAGUGCGACUUUGUCUGCUCCAACAAGCACGUCUUCCGCCGCCACAAGCGCCGGGGACACCCCGGCAGCGAGGAGCUGCCCUGCGCCUUCUGCCCCUACAAGACCUUCAACCCCGUGGAGUUCAACGACCACGUGGGCAAGAUGCACGCCAACGAGAAGAUCCACAAGUGCAGCGAGUGCGACUUUGCCACCGCCCACAAGAGGGUCCUCAACAGGCACAUCCUUCUCCACACAGGCGAGAAGCCACAUAAAUGUGAACUGUGCGAUUUCACCUGCAGGGAUAUGGGUUACCUGUCCAAGCACAUGCUCACACACUCCGACAACAAGAACUACAUGUGUACAGAGUGUGGCUACAUCACCAAGUGGAAGCAUUACCUCACCGUGCACAUGCGGAAACAUACCGGAGACCUGAGGUAUCAUUGCAACCAGUGCUCCUACCGCUGUCACCGUGCAGAUCAGCUCAGCAGCCACAAGCUGCGGCACCAGGGCAAGUCGCUCAUCUGCGAGGUGUGCGGCUUCGCCUGCAAGCGCAAGUACGAGCUGCAGAAGCACAUGCAGGUGAAGCACUCGCAGGACUACCAGAUGCCCCUGCACCAGUGCCGCUACUGCAGUUACCAGACGCAGUACAAGCAGGCUCUGCUCAACCACGAGAACUGCAAGCACACCAAGCAGAGGGAGUUCCGCUGCGCCCUCUGCCCCUACAAGACCUUCAGCAACACCGGCCUCUUCUUCCACAAGCGGAAAGUCCACGGCUACGUGCCGGGAGACAAGGAGUGGCUAGAGAACUACGCCAAGGAGGAGAUGGCCAUGAACUCUGCCCACAUCCUGCUGGCGUACGUGGAGGCAAACACCAAUCCCUCCACCUCGGCCAAGAGGAGCGAGUCGUGGCAGAGCAAAGGUUCGAGUGCCGGGGAGGAACCCGGGAAGAAGUCAUUCCGCCCCGGCUUUGAAGCUCCGGCUUUCAUGCAGGCCGGCGUCGUGGAACGGUACGGCUCGGCGCAGCCGGACACGGACUCCGCCGACACGGGGCAACCGAUGGCCGCCCAGACCGCCAGCGGCACGGAACAGGAGCUUCAGACGAGCCUGAGCGUAAACGACCCUCAGCCCGAGGUGGUGGUCUUCGGCCCUCGGGUGGGCUUUCCCCUCCCUCCUCCCCCGGAGGAGCCGGCAAAGCACAUCUCCCUGGAUGACUGGCCGCCCUGCGCCGCCGGCUCCAUGUACCGGGACUUUGGUCUCGUCACCGCCGACAUUGUGCGGGAGGACCUCGGCCACCACGAGGCCGAUGUUGGAGAGCACGGCGACGAUGAGGAAGGGGGAGAGGGGGACCACCUCGUUGGGCACCAUGUCGACGUCUUCACGCACGAAGAUCGCCAGCCGUCGGAGAAGGCCGGGGAACUUGGCCAAGAGGCAGAGGACUCGCCUGCCGUUGUCACCUGCACAAGCUCGGCGGAACCCACACUUCAUCCCCCUCCUGAGUCGCCCAAUACCAAGGACCUUCCUGGGCCCGAGAGUCGGGAGGAAGCACUCCUUGCGCGGUCCGAGUCGGACAUCCAGGCCCUGAGGAGGCAGGACAAGCAGCAAGCACAAGCCCUGGUGCUGGAGGGGAGGGUGGAGAUGCUGGUGGUGCAGACCGACGUCCCGGUGUUCAAGUGCGAAGGGUGCUCCUACGUCACCCGCAAGGAGAAGGCCCUGGUCCUCCACACCAAGUCGGGCUGCCAGAGCAAGAAGACGCCCCUGGUGUGCGAGGCCUGCGGGGCCACCUUCAAGCAGCAGCGGGGACUCAACACCCACCGGCUGAAGAAGUGCCCCGCCGCCGCUGCGGUGGCGAAGAAAGGCAGGUUGUACCCGUGUCCGGCCGCGGCCAGAGAGCCGCCCGCCGCCCUCUUCGACUCGGACGUUGACUCGGACUCGAAGGCCGCCGACCCGCGAGGGUCUCCGACGGCGACGGGGCAGCAAGCCAACGCCGGCCAGCUCGAGGGGCAUGAACCGUGUCCGGACCCCGACAAGCCCGCCCAGCCAAGGUCUGAAAUCACGGAGAUUUCUGCAGCUGAAGACCUGGCGGGAAAGGAAGCCUGCCAACCUGCCCAACCUUCGGUGGAUGGGAACACCUUGCUGGAAGAGGAAGAUAUCUCGAGGACAUUAGAAGAGAAGACCGUGGAUGGUGCUUCCCCGGGUAGCGGGGAGACUUUGCUUCUGUCCCAAGGAGCCGGGGUGAAGUUCACCUUUGCCCAGGAGACGUACUCCUGCACCGCCUGCCCCUUCACAAGCUCCAGCCAGCUGGCGAUGGGCGACCACGUGUCAGUAGGGUGCGGAGCCCCCGUCAAGCUGCCCUGUGGCCUGUGCAAGCUGCUCUUCCGCUCGGAGCGGGCGCUGAGGAACCACCGGGCGAUCAAACACAGAGGGGAGGCAGCGGCAGGGGGAGAGGUGGGCUCCGGCCCGGGGUCUGCAAGCGAGGGUGAGGGGGAGGAGAAGGGUGUAGACCGCCGCCGCCGCUUCACCUGCCCCUCCUGCCCCUUCACCUGCUGCCAGCAGCGCGCCAUGGACACCCACAAGAAGAAGGGCUGCAUGAAGCCCGACGAGCUACAGUGCCGCCUCUGCUCCUUCGUCUGCAAGUCUGCCGGCGCCCUGCGGCAGCACGCCCUGCUGCACGGAUACAAGGGGUCGGCGGCCGCUCCCACCCGCCGCAGCCGCCUGCGCUGCCAGCUCUGCCCCUUCAGCUGCAAGCAGGCCCGCUGCCUGCAGCAGCACGUGGCCCUCAAGCACGACGGGGCCAAGCCGCACAAGUGCAGCUACUGCGACUUCCGCACGGCGCGGCGCUACCGGCUGGAGGCCCACGAGUCGCUGCACACCGGCGUGGGCCGCCUGGCGUGCGACGCCUGCCAGCGGACCUUCGGCACCGGCUCCAAGCUGCGGGUGCACAAGCUGCGGGUCCACGACAAGACGCCCACCCACUUCUGCGCCCUGUGCGACUACAGCGGCUACAACCACAACGACAUCAGCCGCCACGUGGGCAGCUGCCACGCUGGCCAGCCCAGCGCCGCCUGCAGCCACCGCGGCUGCGGCGCCCGCUUCAGCUCGGAGGGCGCCCUGAAGCAGCACCGGCUGCGCCUGCACCGCGACAGGGCCGGCGGCUGCCACGGCUGCCCCUCCUGCCUCUUCGCCUGCCGCAGCGAGUCCACCCUCCGCAGCCACCUGCAGCGGCAGCACCCGCAGCUGCAGUGCCCGUCCUGCAAGCUGACCUUCCCUGGGCGCCCGCAGCUGGAGGAACACAAGAAGAUCCACUUCCACCACCGCUGCCAGCUCUGCCCCUUCGCCGCCCGCGAACGCCAGCAACUGGUGCAGCACCUGCUGGACUGCCAUGAGGAGGAGGCCGACGGGCCCAAGCCCCUGCGCUGCCCCACCUGCGGCUUCACCUGCCGCCACCAGCUGGUGUUCGACCACCACAUGAAGGCGCACGGCGGCACCCGCCUCUACAAGUGCACCGACUGCGACUACACCACCAAGAACCGCCAGAAGAUCACCUGGCACAUCCGCAUCCACACCGGGGAGAAGCCGUACAAGUGCCACCUCUGCAGCUACGCCUGCGCCGACCCCUCCCGUCUCAAGUACCACAUGCGUAUUCACCAGGAGGAGAGGAAAUACCUGUGUCCGGAUUGUGGCUACAAAUGCAAGUGGAUCAACCAACUCAAGUACCACAUGACCAAACACACAGGAGCCAAACCCUACCGGUGCGACCAGUGCGAUUACCGCAGCAACCGAGCGGAUGCCCUGCGGACCCACAAGGAGACGCGGCACAAGGAGGCGCGGAGCUUCAUCUGCGAGCAGUGCGGCAAGGGCUUCAAGACCCGCUUCCUCCUCAAGACCCACCUGAAGAAGCACAGCGAGGAGAAGCCCCACGUGUGCGGGGUGUGUCGCCGGGGCUUCCGCUGGCAAGCCGGCCUCCGGCACCACUACCUCACCCACACCAACGAGCACCCCUUCUUCUGCCGCCACUGCAGCUACAAGGCCAAGCAGAAGUUCCAGGUGGUGAAGCACAUCCGGCGGCACCACCCGCUGAAAGCCGCGGCCGGGGACCCCAGCGCGGGGGUGGGCAAGGUGCCCGUCACCCACACCCUGGGCUCCCGCGACCCUCUGCCCGCCCUCCCCCUCCAAUCUGCGGCCAUCGAAAUCGUGGUCACCUCCGAAGGACCCUGACGUUACUGAAGGUGAUCCCACGGGUGGGGCCCGCCAAAACCAUCUGAACAGGUUACUGGAUUAACCUGAGGUGCAUGUACGCGUGGGUGCUAGCGCGCACAGGGCUCGGCUGUCCUUCCAGCCAGCUAGGAACCGCGCCUGUUUCAGGUACAAGGGAAGGGCAAGCGGUUGCAACCUGAGGCUCUGGACCUGACCACACCAACAUCAUGGCACCAGAACUGGCCACUCUUGCAAUUGUCUCCUGGCUGCGCACUUGCAUGCAACAAUGCGCCUUGCACGAGAGAGCUGUGACCUGUGUCGCAGCAAGUCCAGGGUGAGUUGCAGAGGGCUGGGACUUGCUGGUAAGGACAGCAAGAGGGAGAGAAGGUGUAUCUGCUCAUGGAGGAUAAUAGACCACAGGCUGCCUGCGUAGUGAUUGCAAAUGCACGUGGCCUCAGCUUGCACUGAAAUCCCAGCGGAAGAUCACGAUAAUGCUUCCGCAUAGGUUUGUACAGACAUGGAAUUAGAAUUUGGCCAUUCGGCCCAUCGAGUCUGGCUCCACCAUUCAAUCAUGGCUGAUCUAAUUUUUACUUCUUAGUCUCAUUCUGCCUUCCUGCCAUAACCUUUGAUACCCAUACUAGCCUUUGAAACGCCCAUUGACUUGGCCUCCACAGCCGUCUGCGGCAAUGAACUCCACAGAUUCGCCGCCCUCUGGCUAAAGGAAUUCCUCCUCAUUUAUCGACACAAUCCACAUUCAGCUUUUCAAGACACUUGAUGGCUCGGUCGGGCAAUGUUUCAACUCUAAAAUGCUGGAGUAACUCAGUGGGUCAGGCAGCAUCUGUGGAGAACGUGGAUAGGUGACGCUUCACAGAGUGCUGGAGUAACUCAGCGGGUCAGGCAGCAUCUGUGGAG